UUUGUCUGCUCCCGGCGAGAGCGGCAGCCGGUGCGCGGCAGCGCCGGAGCAGCCGGGGAAGGGCCUCGGCAGAAGCCGCGGAGGAAGGCGGCCGAGGUCCCCUCUGCUCCCGGCACAACCGCCGCCGGCUCGGCCUCGCCGCGCUGGGAACGAGCCCGCCCGCUACGGGCAGCGGUCCCGGGGGAGCCGAGCUCUUCAUGACGGAAACCCGACCGGGGAGCGUCCGGAGCGGGGACGGCGGCUGCGCCUGGGGACGGGGGAGGACGGCAGCAUCGGGGACAAGGACACCCGCACCCCGCCCCCCCCGCGGCGCCCGCUGCCGGCCAUGGGAAACGGCAUGAGCCAGAUCCUCCCCGGCCUCUACCUUGGGAACUUCAUCGACGCCAAAGACCUGGAACAGCUAAGUCGGAACAAGAUCACCCACAUAGUUUCAAUCCAUGAAUCUCCCCAGCCCUUGCUGCAGGAUAUUACCUACCUCCGUAUCCCCCUGCCUGACACCCCCGAGGCCAACAUCAAGAGGCACUUCAAGGAAUGCAUCAGUUUUAUCCACCAGUGUCGCCUGCACGGCGGGAACUGCCUCGUCCACUGCCUCGCUGGCAUCUCCCGCAGUACCACUGUGGUUGUCGCCUACGUCAUGGCCGUCACAGAGCUGAGCUGCCAGGAGGUGCUGGAGGCCAUCCGAACCGUCCGGCCCGUCGCCAACCCCAACCCUGGAUUCAAGCAGCAACUGGCUGAGUUUGGCGGUGGUGCAGCCCGCAAGGUCCGCAGGUACCUGAAGCAGAGAUAUGGGACAUCCCCUUUCAACGAUGAGGAAGAAAUAAAGGCCCUGCUGCCAGCGGGGAGAGGAGGACCAUCCAGGACAGAGGGAGCUCUGCAAGGACUGGUCCCAAGAGCCAGAGACAUCAGGAGCACAACUCCCUUCCUGCUGCGGGUGAAGAGGACGUUCUCCUGCAUCCCAGCUUGUCUGAAGUGACCCCAGCCAAGGGAGAGCAGCAAGAAUCACCCAACAGCCUGGGAGAGACGAAGGAGCCGCAGCACAGCAGGCUGGGGGAAGCACUGUGCAGGGGAGCUGUGCCAAGCCCAGCUCCUUCUUCUCUUCUGGGGCACAAGCGUGCCAUCUUCUGUCCUGGCUCUCAGCUGUCAGGGAGGGAUUUGUCUGUGCUGCCAGACUCUGCAGCACUCGGUGGACUCAGCCUCUUCAUGUCCAGCGUAUUGGGGAUGCCCAGUGAAAGGGCAGCUGGCAGCCCCCGGGUCACCAUGGGCUCUUGCUUGGGGCAGAGCGACAGAGGGGGUCUCUCCUGCCACAGGGCCAGCACCCAGGUGAUGCCAGCAUCAGCUUUAGCACUUGGGUACCCACUGCAUGGGCCUCAGGGUGCACAGGGCAUGGGAGAGCCAGCACACCCCUCGGGGCAGUUUUCCCACCAGCAGCACCAGCUCCCAGAGCCGAGUGGCUGCAGAGCAGGGGCAGAUGGGUGCAGUAGCAGGUAACACCGCUGCACCGACUCCCAGGCAAGGGUCCAGCUCCAGCCCAGCCAAGCACAAGCCCUGAGCAAGCACUGUAGCUUUAGGAGUCCAUUGCACCCCAUUCCCAUCCAUCCCAGGGCACAAUCUUCAAAAGGUGGGAACUAAGCUUUUAACCUGGCCAGACCUCACUAAAGCAGAGCCUUAAGCCAUUUUGCUUAAAGACUUUCUAUGUCCCCCCAGUAAUAAACGCCUAUUCUCCACA